AUCUAAGGGUCAUUAACACAGCUCCUCCUCUAGCAUUGCUUGUGCAGGUAGAACUGUAGAGGAUAAUACAGAUUGCUGCUCCUACGGAAAGCCUUCUCAAAACUCUACCAGAACAAAAUCUCUCACACCCCCACCCCACAAAAUCGAAAUUCCCUUGUUUUCUCUUUAACACCCUUCAAAAUCUUCCUCGUUGUCCAUUCAAGCCACACACACAUCCUCAAAUGGCCCUCAUCUUUCUGAAAUCCACAAGAGAAAUGAAUAAUUUAAUUUCCACAAUGAUUUAAUCCAUCUGAGAGUGAGACAUCACCAAAUGGGAAACCCCCCAAAACCCCUCCCUCUUCUCUUCCCCCUUCUAGCUAUUCUCCUCCAAUUUGCCCCAUAUUCCCGACCUGAAUCCGACUCCACCACCGUCGUCUACAAGGGCUGCUCAAACCAGUCCUUCUCGGACCCCUCCGGCGCUUCCUCCCAGGCAAUUUCCACCGUGUUCGGCACCCUCGUCGCCCAAUCCUCCAGAAACAAGUUCUUCCGGACCACCGCCGCCGCCGCCGGCCGGGACUCCAUCGACGGCCUCUUCCAGUGCCGGGGCGACCUCUCCAACGUGGACUGCUACAGCUGCGUGAGCAAGAUCCCGAUCCUCAUCGACCGGCUCUGCAGCGGCCGGCCCGUCGCCGCCCGGCUGCACCUCGCCGGCUGCUACAUGUCGUACGAGGUGUCGGGGUACUCGAGGAUGUCCGGAAUGGAGAUGUUGUACAAGGACUGCAGCGAGAAGAGCGCCGGUGGGCAAGGGUUCGAGGAGAGGAGGGACACGGCCCUGAGCGCGCUGGAGAGCGGGAUGAGCUGCAACGGCGUGCGGGAUGGGUUCUACUCGGCGAGCGCCGAGUCCGUGUACGUGAUGGGGCAGUGCGAGGGCGACGUGGGGCCCGCCGACUGUGCUGACUGCGUGCGGAUUGCGGUGCAGAGGGCGCAGGUCGAGUGUGGGAGCUCGGUUGCGGGUCGGGUCUACCUGGACAAGUGCUUUGUCGGGUACGGGUAUGGUCCGAAUGGGUCGCCCAAGAAAUCUGCCUCUGCUUCCUUUAAUUCUCCGUAUUCUUCUUCGUAUUCUUCAUCCUCCUCUUCUUCUUCCUCAGGGGCAGGGCCGAAUACAGGAAAGACGAUGGCUAUAAUAUUUGGAGGGGCAGCCGGAGUAGGGUUUUUGGUCAUUUGCAUUCUUUUCGCAAGAGGUGUAGUGAAGAAAAAGGAUGAUUUUUGAGAGCUUGAGGAAUUUGGAACACAGAAUUUUUUGUUUCCUCUUCCCAAAAUGGUUGACGAAGUAGAGAAAACAUAAGUAAUUUCAUAGUGCGUCUACUAAUUAUGAAGUCAGUUGGAUGAAUUUAGUAGUCUUUUGCAGAGCUUGUGUAGCAAUUUUGGUUUCAUUUUGGAAUCUCCUCCUUCUAAUGCAAGGUGAAGAGAUUUUUUCCCCCUUUUGCAGUUCGCUAUAUAUAUAUAAAGGAAGAAAAAAAAGUAAGAAAUAUUUAGUGGAGAAAUUUUGGUAUGAAAUGAAGCUAAUAGGGUCGCAGUCCGAAAUGAAAAAUGACGGUGUAAUGUAAGUGUCAAAUAGCAAGUACCAAGACGGUUUUGGAUUUUUAUCCUGUUUGCCAUGUGAUGUUUUGUCCCUUUUCUACUGUGCACGAACAUGUCUCUCUCUAUUUUCUUCUUCAAAGUUGUGAUGCUUUUGAGGAAAAGCAUUCUCUC